UUCCUCCUCUCGACCACGAUGUUACGACGCUCCCUCGCUGCUCUGCUCUUUGCCAGCCUUGCGGCGUUUGCUGUGGCCUUACCAGAGUCCCAACAGGCUCUCGGUAAUGUCCGGACUGCUCCAGACAGCUGGGAAUACAAGGACUGCGGAGAGGACUCGGAUGCGGUCCAAAUAAAGUCAAUCACCGUCUCACCGGACCCGCCGAAGAUUGGGUCCGACUUGACCGUCACCAUCGUUGCCGACGUGAAGGAGACCAUCGAGGAGGGCGCGACGGCAGAUGUGCUGGUCAAGGUCGGCCGUAUCAAGCUGCUAGAACAGAGCUUCGACCUUUGCGAGGAGGCCCGCAAAGCGAAUGCCUCCAUCUCUUGUCCCGUGGAGCCGGGCCUCCACACCAUCGAGCAAACAGUCACUCUGCCCAAGGAGGUGCCCAAACUGAAAUACGUUAUCAGCGUGAGGGGCUUCACUGUUGAGGAGGAUAACAUGGCGUGUGUCGACUUGACGGUGCAAUUCCGGCCCUUCUUCCAGUUCUGGGAGUAG